CCAACACCUGAGCAGAGUGGAGCAUCGGGGCCGUAUCAAAGCUGCCGCAUGAUUGAGCGACACCAUCGUCCGGUCAACUUGGCUGCAUCGUGCUCGCUGAAGUUGAAGCGACGAGAACAUCCUGCGAGGCGUGUAGAUUGCUCGCUGCUGUCCUUAUGAAUAUUGAUGGUUAAAGCACGGUUUCUUUUUUGUGCCGCAUCUUCUUUGUGCCUACCCAGCAUGCACCAGACGGCUUGCUUGCGUCUAACUUCAUAAACGUCUCUUCAACGUUGGAAACGUCAGAGUCGUCAUCACAGCAAAGGAUCGAUCAAGGAGCCAGAAACUGUUCUUACGCUUAUGACUGAUAUUUUUAUUGCCCUCCACCGGCGGGACAAAGACGCGUCAAGAUGUCCACUUUUUUCCCAACGAGCUGAAUCAUGGAUAUUGUCAUGGAUAGGAAGAGAUGAAGCGCACCGAGUAAAGCCACCGAGAAGCAGGAGCGGCAUCCUCCUUUCGAGUGCUCUGCGGACACGAUGCGCGCGCUGCUGUGAGACCGAGCGCCGCCUCGCAGGGAGAUGGCGGCGGCCAUCGCCAGCUCCCUGAUCCGACAGAAGCGGCAAGCCCGCGAGUCCAACAGCGAAAAGGUCGUCACCAACAAGAGGCGCUCGAGUCCCAGCAAGGACCCUAGGUCUCUGUGCGAGCGACACAUCUUCAGUGUCUUCAGCAAAGUUCGCUUCUGCAGCGGGAAGAAGAAACCGGUGAGACGGAAACCAGAGCCGCAGCUGAAGGGUAUCGUGACGCGACUCUUCAGCGAGCAGGGCUUCUUCCUGCAGAUGCAGCCUGAUGGAACCAUCAACGGAAACAAGGACGAGAACAGCGACAACACACUCUUCAACCUGAUCCCAGUGGGUCUGCGGGUGGUGGCCAUGCAGGGCGUGAAGGCUGGACUCUAUAUGGCCAUGAAUGCUGAGGGCUUCCUCUACACGUCUGACAUCUUCACGGCCGAAUGUAAGUUCAAGGAGUCUGUGUUCGAGAACUACUACGUCAUCUACUCGUCCACGCUGUACCGGCAGCACGAGUCAGGCCGAGCCUGGUUCCUGGGCCUCAACAAGGACGGUGUCAUCAUGAAGGGAAACCGAGUAAAGAAAACCAAACCCUGCUCGCACUUUGUCCCCAGACCCAUUGAAGUGUGCAUGUACAAGGAGCCGUCGCUGCACGAACUGGAGGAGAAGCUGCUCAAGACGUCGCGCAGCCCGACCAUUAACGGCGAGGAGCGGGCGAGGAGCACCGAGCGAGCACAGGACCAGCUGGGACUGGAGGACGAGGAGGAGGACUGCACAGAGCGGGAGGACUCAUAGCCUGCAGCGCCCCCUGCAGGAAGAACUCCCAUGCAACACACGCCCACUGUUCAGCACCACGCCGACGACAACAAAACGCCAUGACGACGGAAACUCCAAACGAAAACAAAGAAAAAAAGAAGCAAAAAAAAGGGCAAAAAUCUUCUUGUGAUGAGGUAUCAGAAGGGGGGGGGGUAUUUAAACGAGGACUUUGAUGAUGACGAUCUACAUUUUAUGCAAAAAGCCCUGCUGUGUCGGCGCCAGGGGGCUAGCACGUCUCUUCAUCGUCACAUUGUCAUCAUCACCGUCACCGUGACGACAAAACGAGCGCUGAGAACUGCCAAGCUUUAAGCCAUGUAGGAACAUUACGUCCGUUCUAGAACCUACGCACUUUCUUUCAACUCACCACGCUGCUUCUUCUUCUUCUUCUUCUUCUUCUUCUUCUUCUUCUUCUUCUUCUUCUUCCAAUCUUCCUCGGGCUUCCAUCCAGUCAGAUUUUAGAGAUUUGUGCCGCCAACUCACACCUGUUUAUUUUAUUUGAGUCAUUUGCAAUGACCACGCGUGAGCCCCGCUCCGUGAUCAUUUUGACCACGUCACAUCUCUGCUGGUCCUCGCGUGUAAUCUGUUCCGAGUCGAGUGUGCGGGGACGGAAAGUUACUCCGAAGUGCGUUGUAGAGCUCCAUCGUCGUCAUCUAGCAAAUGCUCACACGCCUUCGUCUUCUCAGGCCUAGCUACCAAGUUACGCCAUGUUUCCACGACACAACCUUGCUAAAAUUGUUUAAAUAAAAGAAAAGACCCCCUCGAAUUGGCGAAUGACAUUGCAGUGCGCACGGCAGGCCACCAGUGGGCGCUGUGACCCAAACAUGAAAGUGUGCAAGUGAAGGAGUGCCUAAUAUUAUCAACGUUAGGUUUGGGUAUCGGGGAGGUAGAUAGAUAGACAGUACUUUAUUGAUUCCUUCAGGAGAGUCCGUUCAGGAAAAUUUAAAUAUAAAAGGGUAUAACUAUAUGCUAACUAUAACUAAUAUAUGGGUGUGACUUUUUCCCACCAAAUACCACCUCAGAAAAUACCUGGCUAUGAAUACAGUAGCGUAAUAGGCCUAUGUAAUCAUUAAAAAAUGAUUAUUUUAUUUUUUUAAACAAGUAUAUUAAAUAUUUGUGGCCACUGUAACAUCACACACAGUUUGUACAGUAACACUGUGUUUUAAUAAAGAAAAUAAAACACUGUACUUAUUAUUUGGCGUACCACUUGUCUUAAAAAAGGAAAAUAUUCUUGAUAAAAACUAUAACUCAGUAAUUAAUUCACCAAAGGAAAAUACUCGCGGUACAACCGUGUUUGCCAGUUAAUUCUACAUGCAAGCCUGGUGUAUCAAUUAAGGAACGUUAUGUUACUUGCAAAAUAUCAGCAUAUUUUGAGAUAAAGUACAGCAACAACACUUUUUAGGCCGUCUGUGCAGGUAAAAAACUUACAUCAAGCGUAACGCCAUCCCGUCAGAUGGUACCUAAUAUGUUAUUCUUUUGGUGCCACUAAAUUAAUAGCAAAUAUUGAUUUAUAUAUUUAUAAAUAAUAUUUGAGUAUUAACUUAAUAUAUACUGUACCUACAUGUAUAAAUUGUUGAUAGUCAAUAAUACAUCAACUUAAUACAUUAACUAAUGUAUUAAUAUUAAUUAUGAAUUAACUUAAUAAAUUAUUUCAUACAUUAUUUUUCAAAUAGUAGCUACUGUAAUAAUAAAAAGUAAAACCAAAUCAGAGACCAAUGUCGACUUAAUUUUUUAAUCCUGUCACUAGUUACUAUUAUGAGUAUUAAUUGACAAUAGUGAUGGACAAAUGACGCAUUAGUGAGUGCAUGGCACACUCGCUACCAGUAUUGACACUUUACUGAUAUUAUGUUGGUGUAUCAUAAUGGUCAUCCGCCAAAUUAAAAGUCUUAACAUUUUUUUUUUUAAUUAUUAUUAUUAUUUAGAAUACAGUAUUUUCCGGCCUAUAAAACUACAUAAGCCGCAUCCUUUAAAUUUCAGAAGAAAAAAAUAUUUGUCAAUAUAUUACAAGCCCCAGAUUAUAAACCGCAGAUAUAUGCUUUGUGAAAUGAGUUAUUUACACAGAAAUGUUGUGUAAAUGUUCAUUUAAAUACCUUAAUUGUUUCCAAAUGGUGCCUGUAGCAUGGCAGUAAAACGGCUGAUCAAAAAAAACAGAAGUCCCUGUCAUGGACCCACUAGCUGCGGAAGCUAGCUCUCUAAUCAGCUAAACAGACUCAGUAACUCCCCGGGGACAUUGUGGUGAAUUUAAUGAGGAAUUUCUGAAACAAACAAUACAAAAAGAUUGAUGUUGUAAGUUAAUAAUACUAACACAGACACUCGUAAACGUGUUGGUAUAUUAGCUAAUGCUAACGACGCUAACUUCAUUACAUUACGAUAGCAUGCACAAAUAUACAUGAGAACACUCCGGCAGACAUCACACAUGGGACGGUUUAGUAAUUAAGAAUUGUUUUAGUUAUAUUGAAAAACUUACAACCGUUGCUUGGAAUGACGGAUGAAGAAUCCACAAGAGUAGAAAUGCUAUGGAUGACAAAAAGACAGGAAAGGGUAAACAGAAGAAAAAACUGUAGCCAUUCACACAGUUUUACCUGCAGUGAGCAAACUUGUCCAAAGAUGGGGCCAGAGCACAAGCAAUGACACCAUUUCAGUGUCUUUGCGUGUGUUUUAUGAAAACUAUUUACAUUGCGGUUGUCAGCAAAGAAACAUACAUAAAAUAUUCGAGUCAUUUUAUUAGCUGCAGGGUUCAAAGCGUAAGAAAAAAGUAGCGGCUUAUAGUCCGGAAUUUACGGUAGUUAUUUUUUGAUGAAUAGCUGCGCAGAAAGGAAUAUGAAGCUUGCAACUCCGGUCAAAUGAGCUUAAUAGUAAACCGUAAAAGAAGAACAUUUGGCGCUACUAGCUCAAAAUGAUCCCACACAUCGGAAUGUUUACUUUUUUCAGAUCAAUUUAGAUCGAUGUUGAAGAUGAAAAACGAUAUAAAAUGCGGCACACCCAAAGAAGUCCUUUCGAAUGUAAACUGUUUGGUGCUUCACAAUCAAGCGUUACAGCAGUUGUAUCGGUGUGUUUUUUGUUUUUUCUUCAAGUGACACGCACAAUGAGGGACGCGGUAUCCUCUACAAGGAACCCAUCACGAAUUGACCACCUUGAUUGUCACUGGCACAAGCAAGGUGUGUUUGGCCGCUAUUUUUAUUGUUGUCUUAAUCGCGCGCGGCUAACUUGCAGCAAACGUUCUUGCUUGAAACGCAAUUGCUGUCUUAAAGGGGAACAUUAUCACCAGACCUAUGUAAGCGUCAAUAUAUACCUUGAUGUUGCAGAAAAAAGACCAUAUAUUUUUUUAACCGAAUUCCGAACUCUAAAUGGGUGAAUUUUGGCGAAUUAAACGCCUUUCUAUUAUUCGCACUCAGAGCGAUGACGCCACAACGUGACGUCACAUAGGUAGUCAAUCCGCCAUUUUUUCAAACACAUUACAAACACCAAGUCAAAUCCGCUCUGUUAUUUUCCGUUUUUUCGACUGUUUUCUGUAUCUUGGAGACAUCAUGCCUCGUCGGUGUGUUGUCGGAGGGUGUAACAACACGAUCAGGGACGGAUUCAAGUUGAUUUACGUGGAGUGUGCAUCGAUUAGCACGGCAUGCUAAUCAAUGCUACAUUGCUAUUUAGGCUAGCUGUAUGUACAUUUGUAGCUAUAUUUGCACCCAGCCUUUCCCUCCACCCACGUUUAAUGCCAAACAAACACUUACCAAUCGACAGAUUUAAGUUGCUCCAGUGUCACAAGAUGCGAAAGUCCCGAUCAUUUGGUCUGCACAUUUUACCGGCGAUGCUAAGGCAGACAUGGCACAGAGAUGUAUGGAUAUCCUGCAGAUGCAUUUCCAACGAUAAAGUCAACAAAAUCACAAAGGUGAGUUUUGUUGAUGUUAUUGACUUAUGUGCUAAUCCGACAUAUUUGGUCACGGCAUGACUGCCAGCUAAUCGAUGCUAAAAUGCUAUUUAGGCUAGCUGUACGUACAUUUGUAGGUAUAUUUGCAUCCAGUCUUUCCCUCCACCCACAUUUAAUGCCAAACAAACACUUACCAAUCGACGGAUUUAAGUUGCUCCAGUGUCACAAGAUGCGAAAGUCCUGAUCAUUCGGUCUGCACAUUUUACCGGCGAUGCUAAGGCAGACAUGGCUCAGAGAUGUAUGGAUAUCCUGCAACACUCAAUCGUUGGUUAGAAAGCGAUUGCCGAAUAGCAUCAAUAGCUAUUCGCUCAAUAGCUUCAAUUUCUUCUUCAAUUUUGUUUUCGCUAUCUGCCUCCAUACUCCAUCUGUUUCAAUACAUGCGAAAUCUAUUGAAUCGCUUAAGCCGCUGAAAUCCGAGUCUGAAUCCAAGUUAAUGUCGCUAUAUCUUGCUGUGCUAUCCGCCAUGUUGUUUGUAAUGGCAUCACUGGACGACGUCACAGGAAAAUGGACGGUGGCUUCACAGAUAGCGAAAAUCAGGCACUUUAAAGCCUUUUUUCGAGAUAUUCCAUGAUGGGUAAAAUUUUGAAAAAAAUUACAAAAAAUAAAAUAAGCCACUGGGAACUGAUUUUUAUUGGUUUUAACCCUUCUGAAAUUGUGAGAAUGUUCCCCUUUAACUUUUUAACAACUGGAGAGGGAGUCAUGUGCAGUAAGGGUGUGUGUGUGUGUGUGUGUGUGUGUGUGUGUGUGUGUGUGUGUGUGUGUGUGUGUGUGUGUGUGUGUGUGUGUGUGUGUGUGUGUGUGUGUGUGUGUGUGUGUGUGUGUGUGUGUGUGUGUGUGUGUGUGUGUGUGUGUGUGUGUGUGUGUGUGUGACACUGGCUUGGGAGAUGAUCAGCAGAGAUGUUACGGGUCGGUGCGGAAGGAGCACUUUCUGGCACAAAUAUUGCAUGAUGCGUUUGAGAAAAGCGGGUGAUCUUAAACAAGGGAUGAGGACACCGUGUUGCGUAACGCUGACGUGAUGACGCCGAGAAUAACGAGUGGGCAAGUGUAGCAUGUGUUCCCCCGCCAGGUGACGCGACAUGACUCUUAUGUUUUGUUCGUCAACUACUUGGUGUUGUCAGCUUGAAGUCAUGUGACAGGGGUGAUGAUGUCAUCAGGUUAUUUUGCUCCUUUCUGGAAUAGCGCUGUUUGGCAGCGGCCAUCUUGUGAUGAUGUCGGGUCUGCUGGCGUGCAGCCCCCUCCCUCGCCACCAGGAAAGGCGGCACGUUACUUUGGUGUGUGUUGUUGGAUGUGGGCUGAUGGGAGGACUCGACAUGUCGGUCAGCCAACACUGCCACAUUAUUUUCUACCACUUUGACCCGCUCACGUUCCACUUGGGCCUCUUAAAGACGAUGUUUAGGAGGUUAUUCGUGCCGUGUAUUAUUUCCAAAAUAUGGUCUUCCACCUGUUAUGUAGCUGCAAGGAUAUUUGAACGAAAAAGCCCUGACUGUGAGGUUUUUGUUUGUUGUUUCAUCCUCAAAUUUUUGGCCAUGUUGCUAGUUUUCCAGGAACAAAAAGCUUUAGAGGCAUAAUGCCUUUGAUUGUUUGGAGAGGACCUUUGAGGACCUCCCAUCAGCCCGCCCGCGCUGACGCGUGAAGCUUCGGCACUUAAAAAGUUUGUGUUUUUGCAAGAGGGGGGGAAAUAGCCUAUUUGCAUGUGAAGCGCACAGACAUAAAUCAAUCAAUCCACCUGACAGCUGAAUUGUGAUGCAUGCUUAGUUGUUUGUGCCGCCAUUUGUUUUGAAUGUGGACCUGUGAUGGAGGCCACUCACCAUUCAUCACUAAUCCAGAGUCGUGUAUGAAGAGAGUAUGGCCAACUCAAUUUCAGACCAUCUCCUAAAUCAGGGGUAGGGAACCUAUGGCUUUAGAGCCAGAUGUGGCUCUUUUGAUGACUGCAUCUGGCUCUCAGAUAAAUCUUAGCUGACAUUGCUUAACACGAUAAGUAAUGAAGAAUUACGCUGGUAAUGAAAGUGUUAAAAAUAACGUUCAAAUUAUAAAACAUUCUCAUGCAUUUUAAUCCAACCAUCCAUUUUCUAUCGCACCUGUUCAAGAAGUUGCAUUAAUGGUAAGAAGUAUUAUAUUUAUUAUUGGUUAGCUUAAAAAUAAUAAGAGACUUAUUAUACUCUAAAAAGGUUGGUCUUACUUAAAAAUGCACGCAUUUAAUUGUAUUCAGUGUUAAAAAAAUAUUAUAUGGCUCUCACAGAAAUACAUUUUGAAAUAUCUGGCUUUCAUGGCUCUCUCAGCCAAAAAGGUUCCCGACCCCUGUCCUAAGUGGUUGUUCUAAAGUUGCACUUCCUCAUUCGACAUCUCUUUUAUUUGAUGAGAUUUUUGCCGUGUAAAGAUGCAUAUCCAUACACAGUUGACAUAUUGUUUAGUUUUUUGUUAUUGAUUAUAUUAAUUUUUAUGAUUGCAACAUACAAGAAAAUCAACAGAGUUAUGGAUUACAAAUAGCAAAAA